AUCACAAUUGCAGAACAAAUGUAGUAACACAAUAAAAUGUGACAGGUCUCUAGUUCUCGAAUUUAGGGUAGCAAAACAAAAAUUAGGUUCAAUAAAAGGGACGGCUUUGGCAGCAAGUACAAUUUCAGAAAAGAAGUGGUAAUUUACUAAUUUAGCUCAAAAUUUGUGGUUCGCUCCAGCCUCCGUUUCCUCUCUCUUGUCUUCUCGCGUUCUCACAAUCGCAGUUGUGACAUGGACGACCUUCCACUGCAGAAAAUACAAAUAUCGGGGCCAACCCUAGCCUCCAUGAUCCAACGCUUCUCCACCGCUCUUGGCGACGUGGACGGUCUCCUGUUCGGCCACGUCUCCCACAUCGCUCCCUCCUCCCUCUCCGACGACGACCCGCUGGGCUCCUCCUCCGAUCCCUCCACCUUCGUCGCUACCGUCUCCGGAUUCCUCUGCUCCGGAACCAUCGACAGUUUCUACGACUCCUCCGGCCAAGUCAACGUUCUCGCCCUUCGCCGCCUCCUAGCCGACCGCGUCCCCCUUCGCUCCCUCAUUGGUUGGUUCUCCGGCCGCCGCCGAUCCCCCCUCCGCCCUUCCCUUCGGGAGUCCUCCGUCACCGCCUGUCUCUCCACCAAAGCUCAAUUCUCUUUCCCAAUCGAAAACUCCCUCUCCAAUUUCAGACCUUCUCUCUUCCUCCUAUUCGCCUCGCCAUUGUCGGAUCAAGUCAUUCACACGCAUGAGUACAAAGCGUACCAGUACUGCCUCUCUUCUCAGACUCUCGAGCCCAAAUCAAUCGACAUCGUCAACAUUGGACCCGCAUUCCGCGGCCAUUACGGUUCGUUUAGCCCUAGUUCUCCCUUCCCUUCGUUGGCCUGUGAUUUGAGGGGUUCGCCAAUGGCGGAGGACGACACCGAUGCGACGCGAGUCUCCAAGGCUCAGGCUCAGCGCGAAUUGGAUACUUGCGCGGAGGGUGUCCAGAUUGGGAGUCUACGUCGGUUGAUGGGCUCUGAAGCCACGAAUUAUACAGCCGGAUUGGAGGAUUUGUACGAGAAGAUGCUAGCCAAGCUGGACAGCUUGGCUCGCCUUGUGGAGAAGACUUCAGCCAAGGUUCAUGAGCAGGAAAGUCACAAUGUGAAGUUAAGGUACAAAGUUGCUGGCUAUGAUUGACUGCUUGAGACUUGACCAAGAUUUUUUUUUUUUGGGUUAUAUCUGAAAACAGGACGAUGACCCAUCAAAUCUUGCUGUUGACCAUUGUAAAAAUAUCCAAUGAGCAUGGAAUUACAUUUGAUUAUUCAUGCUGUUCUAUCUUUUGGUGGCUUUUGAGCUGAUCAUGGAACUGCUACUGCUAGUUCUUGGGGUUGGAAUUCUUUUGGUUAUUUAAAUGAUAGGGAUGGGUUGAUGCUGCCUUCUGUUUUGGGUAUAUGCACACUAGGUAACUUAUCCCUUAAUGUGUAUUCUUGUAUUUUGCCUCGUUAUAUUUCUGCUUCCCACCCAUGGUCACAUAUAUGCAUCUUUUCUGAAGUUCAUCUA